GCGGUUUCGCACACCACUAAACCAGGCAUUUAACACGACCAAUUAAUUAUGGCGACAUCUAUUUUGAUGGAUUCAAACUACUCUGUGACUAACAAUGAUGACACGACCAGUGACGAUGAAGCCAACAGUCAAAUACCCCCUGGACAAAAAGCGUGGGAAGACUUGUAUGACUUACUCACUGAAUUACCCAAAGACGUCUACACGGAACGCCUUUUAGCCCAACCAGGAAUAUCAGUAGAGUCAUUUCGAGAUGCUUUAUUCGAAAAAGCAAUGUCCUUAAGGCCUGCGGAUUGCCCCAGAUUUAAACUUAUUCAACGCAAAGGAGGAAAAAGCGAAGAUAGACGCUACAAACUUGCGAGUGAUUGCUUCACACUAUACCAGUUCAUAGAGGGAAAUUCGACUGAAAUUGCAUCCGUGUUCAGCAAAACCCCCUUUAAUCGAGACUCAACACAAGCGUCCCAAAACCCACUCACCCAGGAUUCUGACGCACCGUCUACGCGAUCACGUGCCCAUGAUACCACUUCAUCACAUUUCUCAAUGAUGGAAACUAUGAUGUCGCAUAUGCUUAACAUUAAAGAGACGUGUAACGAAAUGUCUAACACUCUGACUGAUCAAAACAACAGAAUUAUUAAACUUCGAAAGGAAAACAUGUCCCUCAGAGAAAAGGAGCAAGAACUACGCAACUCUGAAUACAAAGCUAAAAUAGAACUUAAGCUUUUACAAACGGUCGUGAAUGAAAAAAACAUAAUCAUAACUGAAUUGAAAGACCAACUGUCUCGCUUUAAAAACAUCGAUGGUAAACUUGGAAACAUUAACAAAACUGUCAACAAAAUCCAAAGUAAUACUGAAAUAGAACAUACUGCACAUGUAGAUCUCAUUAAUAGAGUACAGCACAUGUUAUCUACCAUUCCUGCUAUACCCCCUUCCCGAAGCAGGUACCUUUCGGAUGCUUCUAAUACCAUUGAAGAUACGACAAGUCAACGUCGCCUAAGUGAACCUGCCCUACUCCACGCCAACCAAGCUCCGUGUAAACCAGC